GUCUUCACUUUCGCUUUAAGCGGACUCGUUUUCUGGUCGCAAAUAUAAGCUUGCUUUUGCUUUUGUUGCGGGUUUUUCGUUACAAAUAAGAAGUCUAUAAAUUAAUAUUAUAAAAAGUGUUACAAUGCAUGGAACAACUAUAAUUUUUCUAAUACUUUCCUCGAUUUUCGCGUUUUCAUUCAAUUUGACCGGCUGUAUAGCUGAAAAGUUAGAAACACCAUCAACGAAUGAAGCAAAAAAUGAUGAAAUCAAAAUUUAUAAGCGUCUGAUUCCUGCAGAUGUUUUAAGAGAUUUUCCAGGAAUGUGCUUUGCAUCCACUCGCUGUGCUACAGUAGAGCCGGGCAAGUCGUGGGAUUUGACACCAUUUUGCGGCCGCUCAACAUGUGUUCAAAACGAAGAGAAUCCGGCCAAGCUUCUGGAACUUGUUGAGGAUUGUGGUCCCUUGCCGUUGUCAUUAUCGAACGACAAGUGUAAAUUGGAUACCGAGAAGACCAAUAAGACAGCACAAUUUCCAUUUUGCUGUCCCAUCUUCACCUGCGAGCCAGGGGCCAAAUUAGAAUAUCCCGAGGUAGAGAGGGAUACUAACAAGCAAAACUAAGCAGCAAAAGCGCAUGAAUUCUUUGACUAUUCAAUUAAACACGAUAACCAUCGGUUUGCUUAAAACUCAUAUGUAUAACUUUCUCAAAAACCCAGAGUAAUGUAUGAAAUAAAUUAUAGUAUAGAGUU